AUGUCCAGUUGGAGUGGCCUGUUCCUUGUCCUCUGCAGCAUCCUGACCCCUGCCUUCAGCUGUGAUUGGCUUAGACACUUUGGUCGUCUGAAUGGAGAAUCUCUGAAGCUCGUCCAGCUCAUGGUAAGUCCAGCAACAUUUGAAUCCAGGUCCUGGAGGGUGUUGGAACAAAUCAUGUUAUAAUAUGUGGAAAAAAAGUGUAGAAGUUUAGAAAGAUUAAUAGUGGUAAUUAUGCAUCUUCAGUAUUGGCAUUCAUAUAUAGUGAAAUACAUUCGCUCUUAUCUACAACAUACUAUACAUUUAUUCACCUCUAUAGGACCUGAAUACUCGCAUAUUAAAAGUGGACAAUAGUUUUGCAUUGGUAGAAAUAGUUUUUAUGACUUUAUGUGAACAUAUUAAUACAUGGUAAACUUUAGGACUUUAAUAUUUGUCCAAACAGAUUAUUAAACACAGACUUCAUACAUGAUAUAUAUUCUUUUAAUGAAAAAAAGCAAAGAUAAUGUAACAUGUUGGCAUAGAUUAAAAAAAUAUUAAGAUAUACACAAAAAUCUUCACACUCACGGAAAUGAAUUAAGUUGUAAUUUUAAAAAUGUUUCUGACCAGUGUUAGGUAAAUUACUGCAAUUAGAACGGUAAACGAUUCAAGUCCUGUAACUUGACAUCUAUUGAUUAAAGUUUCCUAUUUUAGCUGAGGUUUUUUUUCUGUCUCAUAAGACCAGUGGUACAGAAAAUAUAUUUACUUUAAUCUCAGAAUUCUGACUUUUUUUUAAUUUAUUUUUUUUAAUUCUGGAUAAAUUCUCAGAAUUCUCACAUCAAAUUUAGUUUUUUUUUUAUAUAGGAAUGUUGCCCAAAAAAAGUCAAGAUGGUGACCUUUAUCUGUUUUUUAAAGUCACAGUUCUGAGAUCAAAGUCAAAAUCGAAGUGUUGUGCCUUUUUCUCAAAAAUCUGUUUGCUUUCAGAAUUUUGAUUUAAAUCUCAUUAUGUUACAUAACUGUCAGAAUUCUGGAUAAAUCUCGGAAUUUUAACUUUUUUUCCUCACAGUUCCGACAGUCUUUAAAAUUUCAUUAAAGAAUUAUGAGAUUAAAGUCAGAAUUCUGAAUUUAAUGACAGAAAUCUGAGGAAAAAGUGUCAAAUCCCUUAAUUUAAUCUCAGAACUCUGACUCUAAAAAGGAGCAAAGAUUAUGAGAUUUAAGUCAGAUUUCUAACCUUGAAGUCAGAGUUAAAAUAAUUUUUACCUUAACCUUUGUUUUAGAGUGGCCCUAAUCCUCCCCCUUACAGUGGAGCUGAUUCAUUUGGCAGAGCUUUUUCACAAGUGUGAUGUGGUGAACGUGAAUGUAAUUAUAUCUUCAUAUUUCAGGGAGACCCGCUGACUGAAGAGAGGAUUGGAGUUCCCUUUCCAUACAGACUUUACAGCAGCAUACGUAAAGAAGAGGUAAGCAAUGACUCCUUUUUUGUAUUUGAAUAUGAUUUAAGUCAAAUUUUGCUCUGCAUCCACACACAUUGAAACAAUCAGAAGGCUUGAAUUCACACCUCUGCCCCUCUGUUACCAGGUGGAGUCUCAGCUGGUUUUCAUCAGAGACAGUCUGAUAAUGAUAACUGACCUCUAUUGCCAUGAGAAUCUCACCUCAGUCCCCUGGGAUCACAUUAAGAUGGAACAAUUUCUUGGUACUAUCCACAGACAGAAAGUGGAGCUCAACCGCUGUGUGAGUACACUUUCAGAUCAGCACGGUGUAAACCCUCUCAGUUUCUCUGAGUUUCUCUUCACUUUGAGCUGCAUCAACUUCUUUCUUUUAUUUGUUCAUCCUCUAGUUUUAAUGCCAAACUUUGUUGAACUCUUUCCCCUUUGAUGUCCUCUUUAGGUGUCCAUCAACAGGCAGGUAAACCUCACCUCAGUUACCUGCAAAAACAACACACUGAAUGUCUCUGGGGAGAUCAUCCACAGACAGACGGAGGAACUCAACGACUGUGUAAGUAGAUGGACAAAAAUGCCAAGACCUUCAGCUGCUGCCAUUUCAACAAAUUCUCUUCUUGCAAUUCAACUUCUUUUACUGUCAACAUUUCAUUUGGUUGUAAACACUGCAUUUCUUUCACUGUCAAAAUUUAACCACAUCAUUAGUAUUUUUCAGUACAACAAGUUUUUUAUUGGCAAAACUCUACCUACACGACCAAAACAUCAACUUCUGUCACUGCCAAAACCACAACUGCUUUUAUUGACAAAAUAGGUCCUUUCACUGCAAAACAUCAACUUCUUCAACUACCAAAACUGCUCUGCUUCUCUUCAUCGCUAAAACAUCAACUGUGACUUCACUGCCAAAUGUUCAGUUUAAGUUUCUUCUGUCAUAUUCUCUCCAAAAAAACAAACAAACAAAAAAACAAACUUCCACGUCUUUGUCUUUUAUUUUUUGAAUUUUAAACUGAAAAUUAUCUGCUUUGGUUUUGUUUUAGGUGCCCCUUAAAAAAGGUGUGGACCACAGAUUGAGAAAUUACUACAGGAGACUGACCAGAGCUACUCUGGACCGUACUGUAAGUGUACUGCAAGAACUGAGUUAUAUGCAUACUAUUUUACUAUUUUGUGUGGCAUAUAGUGUACAUACUUGUAUAUCGAUAAACUGUAUAUGUUGUAUAUUUUGAUUAUUGGAUUAUUUCUUUAUUUUUACUUAUUUAAUCUAUUCAUUUAUCUCUUCUUUCUACUUAAUUUGCACUGGAGUGACUGUAACAAAAAGCAAUUUCCCCCUGGGGAUCAUUAAAGUAUUUCUGAUUCUGAUUCUGAGCUUGUUCUGGCUCUGACCUUAGAGUAAUAAAUAGAUCAUUUAAGCUUAGAGUAAAAUAAGUGUACAUCUUUUGCGUUGUGGUACUGACUGUGUUUCUGUGCAUUCAGGGUGGCAGUGUUGCAUCCUGGGAGCUGAUCAGGAAGGAAACUACAUGUCACUUGGAACAGCUAGAAGUGUUGAUGAACUCCAUCACAGCUUCAGGUGCUGCCAGCAGGAGGCGCUCUACACUGACUCAGCAGGGACAUCGUCUUGUCUCAACAGAUUAA